AUGGAUAAUAAAAUAAUCGAUCAGAAACACCAUCCUAUCUUGUCUGCUGCCAACAGUAGCUCUUCGACAAUUAAUACUGACUUUGAGGGUGAUAACUACUUGCAAUUCAGCUCGAGCAGUCUGGAGUCAUUGGCAAGCAAGACGAAAUAUCGCAAUACUUGCGACAUUGUCCCGUCUUUGAUUAACCAUCAAUUGAACCAACUUAAGAAUGGAACGUCCAUCAUCAAUGAUAAAUAUUAUCAUGAUAAAGGUAAGAUUUACGAUUUGGUGUCCACCAUCAGGUUGGUCGACUCAAAAUUAAACCAUAUCACCGUCAAGGCCAAGGCUAAGAAGAUCCUUAUUGUCACCAAGAUUUACGACAUCGAACCGGUGUUGGAUACUUUAAAAUUGAUCCGGUACAUCUUGAGGAUUUGUCCGAAAAUGGAAUUGUAUAUUCAGGAUGAGCUUAUGAAAAUUAAAGAGUUCAAUUUGGCAGGUAUUGCCAAAGAUGAUCCGCUGUUGCAUGUUGAAGGAAGAAUCAAAUUCUGGUCGUCCAAUUGUUGCACUUACAACCCCAACACUUUUGAUUUGGUCAUCACUUUAGGAGGCGAUGGGACGAUUUUGUUUACCAGUUAUAUUUUCCAAGAAUUAAUUCCCCCCGUGCUUUCUUUCAGUUUAGGGUCCCUAGGGUUUUUAACCGAGUUUGAUUUUAAAGAUCAUCAAGAAAUCUUGUAUAAUGUGAUUUACAAUGGGUACCAAUGCUCGAUCAGAACCCGGUUCGAAUGUACGGUGAUGAGAUCAAGAAGUAAUAGGAAAAACAAAAUUGCCCAACAAUCCAGCUUUAUUGAUGCAGAAAAAGUUCUACGAGACGAGAUUUCCUCGACCUGUGAGCACCAUAUUAAUAAUAAUAAUAAUAAUAAUAAUGGCUCUUAUCAUGGAGAAAAAAUUAGUUUGACCACAGUUCCGGAAUUAUCUGACGAAUUGUUGACCGAAAGAACCAUUGACGAAACCCAUUUCAAUGUACUUAGUUACUCGGUGUUUAAUGAUAUUGUCAUUGAUAGAGGCCCGAACUCUACUAUGACAUCGUUGGAUUUAUUCUCCGAUAAUGAAUUGCUCACCAACAUUGAAGCCGACGGGUUAGUGAUUGCUACUCCAUCAGGAUCAACGGCGUACUCUCUUUCUGCUGGGGGAUCGUUAGUGCAUCCUGACAUUCCGGGGAUUUUGAUUAGUCCAAUCUGUCCGCAUUCUUUAUCAUUUAGACCGUUAGUGGUUCCAGAAUCGAUGAUUUUGAGGGUCGGGGUCCCGUACGAUGCUCGAUCACCUGCGUGGUGCUCAUUCGACGGGAAGAAUCGGAUUGAAUUGGAACCAGGUGAUUUCUUGACCAUUACCACCAGCAGGUUCCCGAUUGCGUUUGUGAAGAAUAUGUCGGUGAAGAAUGAAUGGUUUAAAAGAUUGAGCGAUACUUUACAUUGGAAUGAAAGAAAACGACAAAAGCCAUUUAAUAACUUGGGGCCUAAAGAAAUUUAA